AUGAUCACAAGCGCUGGAACCUUAGAAGAGGAGCCGGUAACAAUAUACGCAGCCGACACCCUCUCUUGCCCAUAGCUUUUACCGAUUCUCGAGAUGCAUUUUCUAAUCAUCCUUUAACCUUUAGGGCAGAGUUAUUGUUAAAAUAACAGAGAAAACCUGAAUAAUUCAGCAAUCGAAAGAUCGCCCUCCCUGAUUAUGCUGCUGACAGCAACCAGAAACAUCUUGGACAAUUGCAUGUAGCAUCACGGUCACAAGAUAGUGUUACUGGGUCAUUGACGACACUCAACAAUCUGUUUAAUGAUCAUCAUAGAGUAUAUCAAACGGUAGCGACGGCAGCAGAGAACUGAAUUGCUUUGAAGCUGUAAGCCAAUCAAGGACACAAACUGCUGGAAUUGAUAUGCUAUUUACAAAACUACGCUCUCUUUCUUUGAUGUUUUCUACCACUGCGUGCGCCCCCUUUCCAACCAAUGAGAGUUUCUUGGGUCCAAGCUACCCAAGGCUUUAGUUUCCUCUGAACGAACGAGAGAGCACUGGGAAUUUAUGGCGUCUUUGAUCACAAGGAAAGGCUCUUACUGCAGGCAGCCGAUCCUUGACAAUCAACUCACAGCUCCAACCUGCCUACUGCAAAACGGUUUCCCUGCCUUUCCCACAUGCUCUAUUCACUAGUAUGUUGCUGAAUGCAAGUAGCUUUUUACCUGUUCAAAAAUGAGCUGGGGUUAGGGAUGGUGGAGAGUUUUGAUUCAGUUGACAUUUAAAGACAAAGGUACCUGCUUUUCACUUUCUGAGACAAUGCAAGAACCAACACAGUAAUCCCUUGAAAUUUGCACUUCUCUGAAAUUUGCAAUUCAGUUCGCCAGCCAAGUUCAGUUCUCCCCCAUUUUUAUUUCAGUUUGCAUUUUUUUUGUUAUAAUGCAAAGGUCCUCCUGGAAAUUUGUCAGCAUUUCAAUGUGAAUUUCUCCUGAUACAGACAUUUAUGCAAAGCAGAAUUUUUGCUCAUUUUUCUGUUCGUUUCAUUAAUAUUUGCAUCCGUGUACAUACUUUGCCGUAGUAUAGGUGUUUUUGUACACAGCACUUGGCUGGAGACCAGUAUGGCAAAAUUCAUAGAACUGCGAAGCUUCAUAGAACUGAUGAAUUUCUGCCCCAUUCCCAGUCAAGCACGACUCUUCUUCUCCUCUUUAGUGUUGCAUCGACUGCCUUCUGCUGCUUUACCACCUUACUUUUUGAGCUUUUUGAGCAACAAUGCUACUGAAAAGUAAAUGGCUUAAGACAAAGAGAUGUCAUUUAGCAUGAAAAAGAGAAACCUGGCAUAUCUCAAGUGCCUUUUGGUCCGGUGUAUGUAAUUAAGAUGCCUCUUUUUUUAUUUGCCCCUGAUGAUUUCAUUCAUUCUAAUUAAGGUGGACAGAAAGCAAUGCUUCAGAUAAGAGUGUCAUUAAUUAAUAAAUAAAUACCAGUAACUGUAGAUUACCACCUGUAUCGCUAUACAGAAGUAUUGCCUUCGUUCUGAAAUACAGUUCUUUUUAGCUUUUGUAACCAACCUUUCAGCUAGGAUUAGUGUCACUUUGGUCCUUGGCGUCCGGUUUCAACCUUAAAGAACCUCUUUCUUAACAGUCACUGAUUGGUGACAUCUUCCUUUUCAUGUUUUUAGCUGACCUUGUUGUCUCUUCGCUAUGCAGUUCGUUUAUUUAAUCAUUUCCAAAUAAUUUUAACUGGAAAGCACUUUGCUAGGCAUUCAGUUGUUAUUUUUCUGGGGGUGGGUGGGGUUCUUCUUUACAUUUUUAGUAGAAAUCCAUUUAUAUGGGGUAUGGAACUAUCAUUAAGUUGGAAGAAGUGGUGGGGUAGUCUGAUCCCUGCAGAUAGUUAAGACAGGUUCCUCCCUAUUUUAGUUCCUUUUCCAGUACAACCUUUAGAAUAUGCUUUUUAAGGAAUUUGUCUUAAAAUGCAUGUCGACAGGAAAGAUGGCAUGUGGGUCUAUUUCACAGCCAAGCCUCCAGAAGAAAAUACAUUCGUUUGUAAACUAUUCCUUCUAGCCUGGCAUCCCUAUGCAUCUUAAGCAGUAUAUCUUGGAGACUCCAAAAGUUCUACUCUUACUACAUUCUGCACCUAGUACAUAAUCUUAUUAUGUUCUAUACUUAAUACAUAUUCUGUUUGCUAGAAAACUAUGUUGGAAUAAAUAUGGUGGCCACAUAGCAGCUGUCCGUGCACUGCACCUUACAGUUUGCCUAGAAGGACUAUAAGCAAAGCUGGAAGAAAUAAUAAUAAUAAUAAACCGUAAUUUUGUGUUGUUUUUAAAGAGGGGGUGGGGAGGCACAGGAUAUCCAGGGCCCACUGCAAAAGAAUAGGGAGCCAGGCUCCCUAGCUCUCACUCUCUCUAACAAUCCCUCUGUUUCCAAGCACAGAGCAGGAAUUCUGCUCCAGAGCUAUAACCCUUCACCGCUUGUUGUUGUAUAUUUCAAUUGCAAAUUGCAUUAGGGUGGUACCUCAGGUUACAGACGCUUCAGGUUACAGACUCCGCUAACCCAGAAAUAGUACCUCGGGUUAAGAACUUUGCUUCAGGAUGAGAACAGAAAUCGGGCUCCGGCGGUGCAGCAGCAGUGGGAGGCCCCAAUAACUAAAGUGGUGCUUUAGGUUAAGAACAGUUUCAGGUUAAGAACGGACCUCCGGAACGAAUUAAGAACUUAACCUGAGGUACCACUGUACUGUGUUUUACAAUGGGGCGUUUUUUUGUAUUCAAGUUCCAAAACUGAAGUGCAGAUCAUCUCUUACACAGCUCUGUUUAAUAACAACAGUCCUAUCAGAGCUGUCCCAGUUUUCGCUGUCAUUAAAAAGGUUUUUACAUUCUCAUUCUUCUUUUCCCCAAGAUAGCAGCGACGUUUUAGGAAAUGGCUUUGUUGUAGACGAGAAAGAGAAGCUUGAUAAAGACGGUUCCCUCCAAACCCUAUCAAGGUUUCUUCUGUCCGGCUGACAGCUUCUCUUUCGUCAGGCUGGCACGAAGUCACUCGGCGUCUUUCACCUCCAGGUUCCUCCAUAGGAUCAGCAAACAUGGAGGGAUAAAAACCAGUGUUUUCUGUACAUUUCCCUGUACAUUACCUAACUGCCUCAGGGGGUUUCCCAAGAGAUGGCAGCUGGGGAGAAAAGGGUUAGCCCUUCCCUCAAUGUAUGCAGCCACUCACUCCCAACAUGUCUAAUGCACAGCAAUUAAACUGAGGAAGAAACAUUUCCACAAAUGUGAUUCAUUUCCCCAAGUUUAUGUGACCCCAGUGGCAGAGCUAGCUGCACCCGGGGGGCAGGGUGAGUGUCCCAGGGGUGUGCCGCAUGCGCCAAGCAUCCCAGGGGGGGCACCGCCAGCAGCAAGCAUCCCAGGGGGGUGGAGCGGCAAUAUCACCCUUCUCAGGGAGGACACCUGGGGCGCACCGCUCCCACCUUGCUCCACCUCUGAGUGAAAAGGGAAAGGAGCAGCAGAAAGAACAGGGGUGGCCCACCAUGUGGUUUCAGCCCCCCUCACCACUGUCUCCUGCCCUUCUCACCUGUGCUGGGCCCAGGGGUAACCCGUGAAACGCGGUCCAGGUCCGGUCCAGAAUCCGAAGGUUCCGCCGGGAGUCAGUCCGACAGGGCCAAGGCAGGACACGAGGCAGGAAACCAGGCAAGGACAGGUACAAGAUCUCAGGCAGGAUCUAGCAUACAGCAAUGUUGCUCCCACAACCUGGGGCCAGGUUCGACAGCCUUUUAUCUUUGUCGGUGUAGCGGCCGGUCCUGAUCCCCCGGUGACUCACCUCCCUGUUUCGCCCGAAGGCGAGCACUCCUCCUGUGAGUACUCAGGUCUAUCCUUCUCUCAGACCUCAGUCUCUGCAGCUCGGGAGAUGUCGGUGGGUUACUAGACCCGGAGGCCGCCUCAUCCUCUCCUGACCCAACCAGUAGUGGAGCAGCUGUAAGUGAUGGCCCAGCUGAAGGCAACGAGGCAAUCCCUGUAUAUGGAGCCAGGGCAGGCUCAGGCCCCUGACUCAGCCCAGCUGGUGUUUGUUGCAGGGGAACCUGUGCAGACUGGGACUCUUCAGGAUCAGGCCCCGGACUUGGUUCAGAUGAUGCCUGAGGCAAAGGAUCCGGUGCAGACUGAGUCUCCUCUGGUUCCGAGCCCAAGUCCCAGACCAUCACAUCACGAAUGGUAUGGAGCUCCCUCUGGCAGCUGAGACGGGGCAAGUGGGGAGAGGCACUGGGCUUAGCUUUGGACCCACUGCACCCUUGCAGAAGCAGCUUUCUCCAGGAGGCUGUUUUCUGGGAGAUACUAAGCAGCAUGAUUGGGCCCCACUGCGGCUGAAUGCCAUCUGCCCAACUAGCUGCAGCUGCUCAGGAUACUCCCCAAACCAUUGCACCUUGCUUUGGUGCUGGGAAGGAUAUGGCAAGCUUGCUGGGGUCAGCUGGUUGCAUCUCUGGUGGGGGCAAACCCAAAGAAGAUACCCCCAGAGGAGUUUGUCAUGUCUUUCAGGUGCAACAAGCUUGUAUUACACUUACAAACACAAUACAUAUAUAAAAAUGCAUUUUCAUUCAUUUUCAUUCCAGAUCAACACCCCCCCCUACAUAUGUACCAUCACAUAACUAUAUGAAUUAACAACCACUAUAAUUUGCUUCUGUGCAGCACAAAUAACAACCAGUGAUGGAUCCCACACAUUUUGAAGAUCACAGUUAUUUUCUAUAUCUACCACAUGAAUGGUAGCAAAUAGCCAUACUUGAAAAGGUGGUGUUAUUUUUCAAAUGUCUGUUUCACACUUUUGCAUCCCCUGUUAAGCAAAUUUUCACUGGGGAGCAGACUGAAUGCUGACAAACUGUGGCUUGCCGGAAUUAUGGUAUGCUGAAACAAGCCAGCCUAAACUCUGGUUUAUAAAGCUGACCGUUUCAAAAGAAUGUCAAGAUUAACCACAGUUUCAGAGUUGGAUAUAACAAUAGUGUGGUUAACUAAAAGCAGAAGUGAAAGCUUCCAUUGUCUUCAGAAUCAUACUGCGCAGGAAAGAGUUGGCACAGAAACUCAAAGCUUGUAACCCGUGUAAAUCUAAACCAUGGUUUAACAUCAUGUCCAAACCAAGGCAGGCAUUAAUUUUGUGAACCUGCUGCAUGCAACACAUGAGCUAAAGACUUUCUCCCUGGUAUCCAGCUUGCCAUUACUAACCAAAGCAAAUGUUUUUGGUCCCUCACAUUGAAUUCAUGUGGAAUUCCAGUUUGAUGAUUGCACUUAAGCUUGACGAAAGCCAGUGCAAUAAUUCAUUGUCAGGAUGAGAGUGUCCGUAAUUCUCUUUGCUGGUUGAGUAUCGCACAGUUGGGAGCAAGGUGCAGCCCAGGCCCUACUUUGCUAUAAAAACUGUUCCUGUACACUUUCCCCCCCAUUGGUGCAGGCCUAAUUAAAGUCAGUGCAAGAACAUAUUGCCAAGAUGGGAGUGUCGGCAAUUCUCUCUACUAUAUUCUCCUUGGGUAUAAAUAGAAGGGAAAAAAACCCAGUUCAUUAGUUAAGCAAGACAUUUGAGCAGGGUCUCAAAUUGAGCAUCUAAUCCAUGAAAGGGUAACCUAAGUCGCUAUUGUCACCUUUUGAAUCCUAUAUAAGUUAGGUAGACAACUCCAAGCCAAAGGUACAAUUUUGCCUGAUAUUGAUUCAGCUUUCCCCCCCUCCCACCUCUUCCCCGCUCAGAGAAACCAUAAAGGUGAGCAGCCCGUGAAGAGAUUAAAGGGCAGAGACACCUGUGCCUGGCCAACUACAUUGUAAGUAUACAGCUUUGUCUCUAAGACUGAGCUAUUAUCUAUUUACCUGUGAACUGUUUCCCUGCCUGGAAAAGCCAUGGAAGGGACUAAGGGAGCAAAACAUCUCUGAGUAGUAAGCAUCGUGCUUCUUCUCUAAGAAGAACCUGUUAUCUAUUUAUCGGCUAUCCUUUUACCUGUUACUGUCCACAAUACAAGGAUGAUUAACCAUUUUUAGUGAAAAUAUUCCACCCUUUCCAUUUUCAGCUGGGGUCCUUAUUUCUCUCUCUCAUCUCCAUCUCUCAUAUCUGUGCAUCUCAAAAUACAAUGCUGUUUUGCGCAAAAAUAUGUAAGAUACAUCAAAUAUGGAGGUAGGCCUGAGUCAAAGAGGGGUCCGUACGCUCGGUAUGAGGACAAGGUUUAUCCAAACAUGGGACUCAGUUAGACUGCUAAAGAAAAAGCAAUUUAUAUGUAUUGUAUAUGCAAUAUAACGUUGUGCCACCAGAUGGUGAUGCAGAGUCCCAUUUAUCUCCACCUGUUUUCCCUGUUUAAAUUUACAACGCUUUAAACUGAAACGCUUCUUUGAUGUUUUCUAGAUCCAGCCAUGCUUAUGCUGAUUGUCUAGACAGUUUUAAAGAUACAUAUUAAUAGGUUUUGUCUUAAAGCCGAAUGCAAUGCCCCUUGCUUUUUCUUCUCUCGUAUCUCUUCCGUUCCCUGAGUGAAAGGGUGAGCUCGCUUGCCUUGUUAUAGCACUUUGCUUUUUUGUCUUUUGGGACAGAUUAAUAUGAGUAUCAGCGACAUCAUCAGCCCUUCUGAUAUUGCUGCUGCAAUCAGAGACUGUCAAGGUAAAAUUGUCUGUGUAACUAAUCUAAGAGCUGCAUCUAAAACACAUUUAUACCACCCUAGCAGACAUGGCUUACUCACAAAGAAUCUUGGGAACUGUAGUUUCCCUCUCACAGAGCUACAAUUCCUAGUGCCCUUAGCAAACCACAGCUCCCAGGAUUCUGUGGGUGAAGUGAUAGGCUUUAAAUGUAUGGCAAGAAUGUGACCCAAAGGUCCAUUAGUUCAGGAAUGGGGAAUCUAUGGCUCUCCAGAUGUUGUUGUACUAUAGCUCCCAAAAUUCCUAACUUGUCCAUAGUGGCUGGGGUUGAUUAGGCUUUGAUUCCAACAACUUCUGGACAGCCACACAGGCAGGCACGGUCCAGGAGGUUUUGUCACUGUGGGCAAAACACCCUGCUGCCUCCCCCUGCCCAGCACUGUCCCCCCACAAAUCCAGGCACCCUCCCUGCCCCCAACAUUGCAUCUGCACUGCUACCCAUCCUGCCGCUGCAACUACAGCCUUGCCUAUGUCAGACCCUCCAAGUGUCCCUGUUUUCCAGGGUCAGUCCCAUGUUUACAGAAGCCAUCCCGGUUUCUGAUUUGAUCCUGGAAUAUUCCAGUUUUCCUAAGAACAUCCCUAUUUUCAUGGGAGAAAUGUUGAAGAGCAUGGAGUUACAUGAUCCCCGAGCCAAGGAGAUAAGUAACCGUACAACCUUUAGAAGACAUCUGAAGGCAGCCCUGUAUAGGGAAGUUUUUUUAAUGUUUAAUGUUUAUUGUGCUUUUAUAUAUGUUGGAAGCUGCCCAGAGUGGCUGUGGCAACCCAGUCAGAUGGGAAAGUAUUAUUAUCCUCAUCACCAUCCCUAUUUUCACCAGAGAAAUAUUGGCGGGUAUGCCAGGGCUGCAAACAGUGGCAGCGAUGAGGACGCAGUGUGGGGGUGAGGGCAAGGGUACUGUGGCGGCAGCAGAGGUGGUGUGAGCAGAACCACAGCAUGGCUGGCAGCGGUGCAACAGUGCUGGUGGGCUGGCGGUGGAAAAUUCUUUCACCUCACCUCAUGGCCACAGUUUCUCAGUCACUGACCUAGCCCAAGAUGCUGUCCUCAACUGUAUUAUUGUAUUUCCAUUUGUAGUCUGCUUCCUCUCUGAAGAUCUUAAAGAGGUUAAGAGCUCAAGGUAGUAGUUAGCCUGAUGCUGCCAGAACAUUGACAAGCAGGACAUCCCCUACCUAUAGUUUGCUCCCAGCCCUAGACAACAGAAUAAGUAGGAGGGCAUCCAAACACACCAGUAAAUGAAGUAUAAUACACAUUGCCACCUAGAGGAAGGCUUCCAAGAGACCUUGAAGUCCAGAGUCUUAAAUUACCUAACUACACCAGUGUUCUGAAUACACAGGUUCCAAUUCAGUUAUUUUAUCUAUGUCUCAUCAUUGUAUUUGAUCUGUGUUUCAUUGGUAAGUUCAUUUUGUGAGCUAUUUAUGUUAUUUUUCUCAUUAAACUGCCUGUAGGUUUUUCUAAGUUAAAUAAAUCCCUGCAGCUGCUGUUUUGAAGGAUGCAAUCACUCAUUUAAUGUAUGGUAUGGUUGGUGGUUCGAAUCCCUGCAAUGGGGUGAGCUCCCGUUGUUCAGUCCCUGCUCCUGCCCACCUAGCAGUUUCAAAGCACGUCAAAGUGCAUGUAGAUAAAUAGGUACCAACCCGGUGGGAAGGUAAACGGCAUUUCCAUGCAUUGCUCUGGUUUCACCAGAAGUGGCUUAGUCAUGCUGGCCACAUGACCCGGAAAAAUUUCUGUGGACAAAUGCCGGCUCCCUUGGCCAGUAAAGCGAGAUGAGCACCGCAACCCCAGAGCCAUUCACGACUGGACUUAACGGUCAGGGGUCCUUUACCUUUACCUUUUAUGGUUUGGUUUGAUUGCCAGACUAAGACCCGGGGGCCAGAUCCAGCCCAAUCAUCUUCUAAAUCCGGCCUGCGGACAGUCCAGGAAUCAGCAUAUUUUUACAUGAGUAGAAUGUGUGCUUUUAUUUAAAAUGCAUCUCUGGGUUAUUUGUGGGGCAUAGGAAUUCGUUCAUUCCCCGCCCAAAAAUAUAUAGUCCAGCCCCCCACAAGGUCUGAGGGACAGUGGACCGGCCCCCUGCUGGAAAAGUUUGCUGACCCCUGUCUUAAAGAAACCAGCUCUGGACCCCACACUCCUAAAGAAACCAGCUCUAGACCCCUUAUCAACCAGUUACAAAUCUUUCCUUUGGAGGGAAGGUGGUGGAGAGGAUUGGGCAGGAGGUAUCUCCAAGCAUUCUUGGACACCACAAAUUUCUUAGAUCCUUCCCAACCAGGAUUCGGGUCUGAGUGGACGUUGGUCACCCCGAUGGAUGACCUUUGAAGAGAGGGGGUGGGGAGUAUGACCCUGUUCCUGCUUCUUGAUCUCCUGUUGGUUUUUGAGUACCUUGACCACGGGAUCCUCCUGCGGAGCUGGCACCGUUACAGGUGCCACACAAUACUUGCUUUGCAAUUGUAAUAAAUUGAACUUUUCGUGUGGCAGCAUCCAACACUUUGGAAUUCCCAGCCUACUGACAUCAGGCAGGCCCCUUCACGGUACAGUGGAACCUUGGUUCUCGAACUUAAUCCGUUCCGGAAGUCCCAAAACAUUUGAAAACCAAGGCGUAGCUUCUGAUUAGCGCAGCCCCCCCCCCCGAAACAAUAGCCGACAACUGCAUCAGACGUUUGGCUUCCAAAAAACGUUUGGAAACCGGAACACUUACUUCUGGGUUUUCGGCGUCCGGGAGCCAAUUUGUUCGUCAACUAAGCCGUUCAAGAACCAAGGUUCCACUGUAAUCUUUUCAGCACCUGCAAAAAAAUAUAUUUGUUUAGGCAGGCCUACCCAGAUGUGUACAAUGUUGCUGUGUGUUUUUAAUCUGUUUUCACCUUAUCGUUGAUUUUAAUUAUUUUUUAAAAAUGUUUUUAAUUGUUAUUUAAAACUGUUUUUGGCAACAGUUUUGGUGUUUUUAGUUUUGGGGGGUUUUUUAUAGUCAAGCAGUAUAUAAAUUUUAUGAAACAAUCAAAUAAAUAAACCAUGCCAAAGACAGAAAUGCAUUAAGUCUGAUCCGCUCGACAAUGGAUCCCUCACAGAGAUAAUGCCGUGAGAAGCAGGCAUGUGUGAAAGAAAUCUUAAAAUGCCGCUUGUAAGCGCACACAUGCACAGAACCCAUAAGAGGAUCUGAGCAACUUUUGGAGACAGGAUGCAUAGGUACAAGUGACCGUCUUCAUCUGUAUUCCAAGCUCCUAGGUAACAGCAGCUUUCUUUUUCUGUCUUAGCUCCAGAUAGUUUCAACUACAAAAAAUUCUUUCAGAUAAGUGGCAUGUCCAAAAAGAGCAGCAGCCAACUGAAGGAUCUCUUCCGCAUCCUAGACAAUGAUCAAAGCGGCUACAUUGAAGAAGAUGAACUGAAGUGAGGCUCCACCUCCCCUUUGCUCUCUUUCUCUGACUUUUGAAGUUGCCUAGACAUCUCUCUUCCUUUUGUGUUUCUCUCAUUUCUUUGGCGCGUCCUUGGUUUGAAUAUAAAAUAAGCAUGAACCAUAUUUAACAGACACCCUGUGCACUCUUUCUGGGUACUAUGCCUAUAAAGCACAUUCUUCUCCCUCGAAGAAUUAUGGGCACUGUGGUUUGUUAAGGGUUGCUGGGAACUGUAAACACUGGAAGGGAAACCACAGUGCCCAGAAUUCUUUGAGAGAAAGAAUGUGCUUCAAAUGCGCUUCAAAGACAGUGUCUACACAGCCUAAGCCCAGCGGCGGAGCAAGCCAAUUGGGCGCCUGGGGUGGUGCGUGUGCCCUGUGCCCAGGGACGGGGGUGGGGCCAGUCAGGGCAGGAUGCUCCAUGGGGCCUCCAAGGAGUCUGCGUGCCUGAGGGGGAGGCAGCGGGCGAAUCGUUUGGGGCAGUGCGGAGCCUGUGGGCGCCCAAGCCACCACGUCACUCACAGGAGAGACGCCUGGCUUGGGCGUGCUGCAGGCCCUGCAGUGAGUGCCGCCCAGCAUUUUGUCACCCCCCUCAGUGGUGUGGUGUAGUGGUUAAGAGCAGUGGACUCGUAAUCUGGUGAACCGGGUUCGAUUCCCCGCUCUUCCACAUGCAACUGCUGGGUGACCUUGGGCUAGUCACACUUCUCUCUGAAGUCUCUCAGCCUCACUCACCUCACAGAGUGUUCGUUGUGGGGGAGGAAGGGAAAAGGAGAUUGUUAGCCCCUUUGAGACUCCUUAGGGUAGUGAUAAAGCGGGAUAUCAAAUCCAAACUCAAACUCAGACCGCCCCCACUGCACCCCCUUCCUCCGCCCCUGCCUAAGCCCCACUGGACACAGCAGGGUUUAUUUUUGAAUAAGCAUGCAAAUUAUUGAACUGCUCAGAAUGAUUUCCUGGGGGAAUCUGCUAGUAGUCACUUCUACCAUAAAACCUUAACAGCUUGAUUUAAAAUAGCACUCCUAUUGCGAGAAAUCUUUAAAAUGUGGGAGGUAAAAAAUGCCUAUUAAUUUGCAUCCCACCCUAUGUAACAACAUUUUUUUAAACUGGGGGAUGAGGAAUCUGUGGCCCUAUAUACGUUGCUGGAAUCCAAUCACCAUCAGACCUGGCUCAGGCUGAUGGGAGUGGAGUCCUUGAAGACUACAGGUUCUCAAUUUCUGCUUUAGUUCCUUGCUCCUCCGACCAUUCUCCAUUUGGUAAAGUUGGUGCCCAGUUUCCCCCCUCUCCACCGCCACCGUCUGUCAGGGAGAAGAAAAUCUCCUAGGCAAUGGGGAUUAGACAAAUUUGUAGGGGAUAAAGCUAUUGAUGCCUCUUUGUUCCAAUGAAUAUAUUACCUCCAGUUAGUGUCAUUGGAAGUGAACUUCUGAGUACCAUGUGCUGAGGAUUAAAAGCAGGAGAGUGCUUUAGUGCUCCUGUCCUGCCCUGGCCUGAGAUUGUCUGAGGCAGAGAGUGGGGUUUCAUCAAGUAGGAUUUGUUGCAUAGUCUUAUCUCCUCUCCUCACAUUGAGAGUCCCUGUUCUCAAAUACUUCCAACUCAUGGUCUGAUUCAGAAAGCUCAGGGGGGACCACGAUUCAAGCAGCAGGAAAGGAGCAAAGUGGGUGUGAUUUUCCUCCUGAGUUCUUGCACACUUGCCUGUUCAUGCUUAGCUGUGGUUUGGCUAUAUAUUUAAAGCACUCUGAUACCACUUUAAACAGCCUUGGCUAUCCUCAAAGUAAUCUGGGAGCUGUAGUUUGUUAAUGGUGCUAAGACAUGGGUAGGCAAACUAUGGCCCGGGGGCCGGAUCCAGCCCAAUCACCUUCUAAAUCCAGCCCGCAAAUGGUCCGGGAAUCAGCGUGUUUUUACAUGAGUAGAAUGUGUCCUUUUAUUUAAAAUGCAUCUCUGGGUUAUUUGUGGGGCAUAAGAAUUCGUUCAUUAUUAUUUUUUUCAAAAUAUGGUCCGGCCCCCCACAAGGUCUGCAGGACAGUGGACCGGCCCCCUGCUGAAAAAGUUUGCUGACCCCUGCAACUAAGAGCUGCUAUGAGACCCUCACAGAGUUACAAUUCCUAGAGUGGUUUAACAGUAAAUCCCUUCUCACAAGAAAGACUGGGAAAUUGUAGCUCAGUUCGGGGAAUAGGGGUCGCUUAACAACUCUCAACGCCCUUAACAAACCACAGCUCCCACAAUUCUUUGGGGACUUAAUUCCAUGACUACUUAAAGCGUUGUCACAGUGCUUUAAAGUUUAAAUGUGUGGUGUGAAUGUGCUCUUAGUGUUACGGCAAACUAGGUCAGUGUGUAACUAAGGUUAACAAGGUUUUGUGUUGCUCAGGACUCCUCUUCAGGCAGUUGUACAUUCAAUGGCAUUCAGUUGUGUGCCCUUUAUUCUUCCCUUACUAGGUUUUUCCUCCAGAGGUUUGAUAGUGGAGCCCGAGUGUUAACAGCUACAGAAACCAAAACCCUUUUGGCAGCGGGAGACCACGAUGGAGAUGGGAAGAUUGGGGCUGAAGGUACGAAUGUGGCUGAUAUUGAAUGGUCCAGCAUAGGUUAAUCCUGUCACCUCUAUCCACUGUUUCUGCCGCCUUCCCUUUCUCCUAGAAACUGCCUGACUGGCACCCUCUGUGAGAUUAGUGCUAAGCACAAAUGCCCCAACAACCAAAUAUAUGGGCCGGCCUGCAUCUCUCCAUGAGGGUAGGCUCUUUCACCUAUUGGUGAUUCCAUUCUGCAAGUAUUAUCCUAGAAACUGGCUCCUGGGGGUGUGGAUCUGACUUAACAGACUUUUUCAUGUUCUGCUCACUCUCAUAGUGAACCAGGUCAAAGAGCCACGACCAACUGGGUAUGUGGCUCUUAAAUUCCAGGGAAAUAGCUCUGCCCCAUAGUCUUCCUCCCUCAGCCACCCAUGCAGUGAUUGGACUUAGAAACGUUCCAUUUAUGCAAAUGAAACUUUUAUGUACUAAGCCUACCUAAUUGCUGCAUUUUCAACAAGGACAGCUGGGGAGGGAAGGGUUAAUCAUCUCCUUGUCCUGGUAAACAACACUUCAACAGAGGCUCUUAUGUGUAUGUGAGUAAGAAAGCAAGCUUUAAUCAAGGUUUGCAAUGGUACAAGUACAGGUGCCUAAGGUGAGGCUAUAGAGUUCAAGAACAGCAUCAGGCAUCUGAGGCCAGAUGAAACCUAUGAGGGGUGUGUGUCUGCUGUCAGCAGCAGGGAAAUCACCAAGUUCUUGGUGAUAGAAUGGGGUCGGCCCCUAUGGCUCCACCCACUGCCCAGCCUCCCCUCAUGGGACACUGGUAGCGCUGUGGUCUAAACCACUGAGCCUCUUUGGCUUGCUGAUCGGAAGAUCGGCAGUGAGCUCCCAUUGUUCUGCCCCAGCUCCUGCCAACCUAGCAGUUCGAAAGCAUAGCAGUGCAAGUAGAUAAAUAGGUACCACUGCGGCAGGAGGGUAAAUGGCGUUUUUGUGCGUUCUAGUUUCCGUCACGGUGUUCUGUUGCGGUUUAGUCAUGCUGGCCACAUGGCCUGGAAAGCUGUCUGUGGACAAACGCUGUCUCCCUUGGCCUGAAAGUGAGAUGAGUGCUGCAACCCCAUAGACGCCUUUGACUGGACUCAACCGUCCAAGGGUCCUUUACCUUUACCAUGGCUUGUUGACACCCUCCCCCAGUGCUACGCAAUCUCUAGGGGGAGAGGACAGGAUGGGGCAAGACAGAGAGACAGCAGAACUGCCCCCCUUGUAUUGGGGUACCCAUCCUUCCUCUUGGGCUGUUCCCCACCUAUGACUUCCUCUGCCUCUCCUUCCUCCUCAUCUAACAGCAACUGCGGCCACAGCCUCAAGCCAGUUAUCAAUUAACAUUACAAAAAGGUUCAUUCAUAGGAAUAGGGCCUCUUCCCCCGCCCCCAGGAUAACUAUUGCAUAAGCAGGUCGGGGGGGGGGGGAGAAAGAGGUGGCUUUAAUAAAAUGGGUGCCUUUAUCAGCUGUGGUUCCACCCUCCCCAAAUGAUAUACGAGCAGAAAUACAGGUAGGAUUCGAAUUGGGUGAUGCAGUUCUCUAACAAACAAACAAAAUGGUGUACAGAAAUGUGCAAACAACACCCCAAGACGCAUUAUAUUAAGGGAAAUUACUUACAUUAGGGAAAAUACAUACCAAUAUGCUGACAAAUUUUCAUAAGGAGCAUUACAAACUGAUGCAAAGGUCACCUUGAGGCACAUGUAAAAUGUGGUUUGUAAGUGAAUUAUUAUUAAUCAUCAUCACAAGUGAGAAACCAAAAUUGACAAGAGUCACCUGUUGCGACAUUUAGCCCAGUUUCCUGAUUUCCAAAAGUGGCUAUCCAAAUGCUUCUGGAAACGCCAAAAGCAGGACAUUAGGGCAAUAAGCUUCUCCCAGUUGUUCUCCACUCAACUGGCAAUUCAGAGGUAUACUGCUCCUGAAUUUGGAGGUUACUAGCUGCACAUAGACCCAUUCUCCUUGAUGAAACCUAGUUUCUGUCCACAUAGUCUAAAGGUAAAGGUAAAGGGACCCCUGACCAUUAGGUCCAGUCGUGGCCGACUCUGGGGUUGCAGCGCUCAUCUUGCUCUACAGGCCGAGUGAGCCGGCGUACAGCUUCUGGGUCAUGUGGCCAGCAGGACUAAGCCGCUUCUGGCGAACCAGAGCAGCGCACGGAAACGCCGUUUACCUUCCUGCCAGAGUGGUACCUAUUUAUCUACUUGCACUUUGACGUGCUUUCGAACUGCUAGGUGGGCAGGAGCUGGGACUGAGCAACGGGAGCUCACCCCGUCGCGGGGAUUCAAACCUCCGACCUUCUGAUCAGCAAGUCCUAGGCUCUGUGGUUUAACCCACAGCACCACCCGCGUCCCCCACAUAGUCUAGCCUUGUCUAAAUUUGUCAUAUUUGUUCCCUGGCACUGCAAAGUCUCACUUGCAAAGCUACAAGACUCACAGUCACCAACCUGUAGCACUUCCACAAUUUCAGCUUCUAUAUUCCAAUAUUUUCCACACCUAUUUCAUAACUCCCUCGCUGCCAUAUCUUGUGCUGUCACUACAUGAGAGAUUGUGGUGUAGACAAGCAACUGUCUGAAUUAUACAAGUCAGCUUUGCAAAUGACUUUUUUCCCCCUUUUGGUGCAGAAUUCCAGGAAAUGGUGCUCUCCUAA